CAGGGAGGGGCCCCGAAGCCUGCACUGGAGCGGGGGCACCACAAGGGAGUGCUCCAGACGCCUCCGGGGAGCCCAGGAGGCCCUCGGCCACGCUCCCUCCUGGUGCUGCCUACAGCUCCUUCCCAAACUCCCGCUGCAGCGCACGCCGCGGCCGGGAGGGGGCGCCGGGCGGCGACGUGGGCGGGGUGAGGCGGGGGAUUCAAGCUUCCAGCCUGUUAUAAGGCGCGGAGCCUGAGAGCGAUUCAUUCCGAGACGCCGAGCUCGGUCCGCAGGUGCCCUCCACCUCAAUGGCCUCCGCCGGAGCCCGCCUGCUGCUCUGCUUCGCCGGCCUGCUGGCCGUCACCGCGGCUGCCGCCUCGGACCUCGGGGUCGGGGCUGCCGCUGCGCCCCCGGGAAGCCGCGUCCGCAGGGAGCUGCCCGCCGAUGAUGCUGCGGGUGUCCGCUUGAGGCGUGCCACCACCCGCCGGCCGGAGUCCACCACCGAGAGAACAGCCAUGCUGGACAGUUGGGAGGCCUGGAAAGCUCUACUCAGGAACAAUGCUAAGGCCAAGAAGAGCAAAGGCCAGAAGCUGGAGUCAUGCCCCCAAAUCCUUGCCCUCCUGGACAACUCAAGGCCCGUCAACUCAUCAGAACUGGUGAAGGAGCUCCGGCGGCUGAUCGAAGAAUAUGUGCCACUGCGAGAGCGCAUGUUGCUGGGCCUUGCCUCACAUGAUGCAGAGAAGGCAACAGGGAACAGGGACAGCGUGGACGAGCUGGCAGAGGCCCUGGUCACGAGCCCACGGAUCAUGGGGGGCGCCUUCCACUGCCGCCUGCGCCAGAAAUUGUCGGUGGAGCGGCGCACGCUGCAUGAACUUGGUGGCUACUACCUGCCUGAAUCCGAGGGUGCUUUCUUUCGUGGUCUGGGCCUGAACCUGACCAGCGGCCAGUACAGAGCGCCAGUAGGGGGCUUCUACGCUCUUGCUGCCACGCUGCACGUGGCCCUUCCUCAGCAUAGGAAGCCAGAGCAGCGGCACCCUCGGGACCGCCUGCGCCUGCUCAUCUGCAUCGAGUCCCAGUGCCAGAAUCACACAUCCCUGGAGGCUGUCAUAGGUCUGCAGAGCGGCAGUGAGCUCUUCACCAUCUCCGUGAAUGGUGUUCUGUAUCUGCAGAUGGGGCAGUACAUCUCUGUCUUCCUGGACAACGCCAGCGGCUCCCUCGUCACUGUGCAAGGCGGCUCCCAGUUCAGCGCUCUCCUCCUUGGCAUCUGAGCAGUAUCGAGUUGGGUCCCAACAAUCUCUGGGCCUUGUUAGUGACAGAGGCCACAUGCAGGAUAAAGUCCAUCCAACUGCCCACAGUGGUCCUUGCAGUUCAGCCCAGAGACGGCCACUCCAGGCAGCCUGGGGAGGUGACAAGCAAACCUGCUGCCCAGAACCAGAAAGGACUUUAAGAUCCAGCUUUACCAGGGUUCAGCGCACCCAGGCCUGGGGCCCCCAGCUGGCCUAUAGACUUAUCUAAAAUCUCAGCUCCCCCUGGCCUGCAUGGCUCAGUGGUUGGGCAUCAACCCAUGAACCAGGAGGUCAGUUUCAUUCCUGGUCUGGGCACAUGCCCAGGUGUGGGCUCGAUUCCCAGUGUGGGACAUGCAGGAGCCAGCCAACCAAUUGCUCUUUCUCAUCACUGAUCUUUCUUUCUUCCUCUCUGAAAUAAGUAAAAAUAUAUUUAAAAAAUAAAUAAAACCUCAGCCUCUUC